UUUUUCCUUUUCCUCUUCCCCACCCCCAAACAGUCAGAGUAUCAGCAAUUGAGAUGAAGACACCAGAGGAGCUCUUUGUGGAGAAUGGGACAGAAGCAAGAUUUCCUUGCACAUUUUCAUCCUCAGACGAGAUCAGCAGCGCAAUGUCCGUCUCCUGGAGCUUCCAACCAGAGGGAGCAAUGACCCCAAUAUCAUUCUUCUAUUACUCUCAAGGGAACACGUACCAUGGGAAGGACACACCAUUUAAGAACAGAAUCAGUUGGGCUGGAGAUCUUAACAAGAAAGAUGCAUCUGUCAGCAUAGCAAACGUGCAGUUCCGGGACAACGGCACUUACUUCUGCGAUGUCAAGAACCCACCUGACAUAGUUGUCAAGCCAGGAGAAAUCCGACUUAGAGUCGUGCAGAGAGUCAGAGUAUCAGCAGUUGAGGAGAAGACACCAGAGGAGCUCUUUGUGGAGAAUGGGACAGAAGCAAGACUUCCAUGCCCAUUUUCAUCCUCCGAGGUGAUCAGCAGCGCAACGUCCGUCUCCUGGAGCUUCCAACCAGAGGGAGCAAUGACCCCAAUACCAUUCUUCUAUUACUCUCAAGGGAAUGCGUACCCUGGGAAGGACACACCAUUUAAGAACAGAAUCAGUUGGGCUGGAGACCUUAACAAGAAAGAUGCAUCUGUCAGCAUAGCAAAUGUGCAGUUCCGGGACAACGGCACUUACUUCUGCGAUGUCAAGAACCCACCUGACAUAGUUUUCAUACCAAUAGAAAUCCGACUUAGAGUCGUGCAGAGAGGUACCUCCCCUCACUAACUCUUCCUUUCUUUAGAUGCCAUUCUGGGCCUGGUAGAGACUUGAUUUUAUCUAUAGUGUCCAAAGCCCCAAAGGCCACUCGCAGGAUUUGUUAUCAAAGUUAAUUUUUAAACUCUGAAGAUACCAGUCUUAACCAGUUUUUCUUACUCCAUCAACGCUGUGACGUUGCACUCUAUAGGAUUUUAUAAAAAUAUGCUUAUGAGUGUGAAUAUAAUGUACCUGGAAUAUGCUUCAUGCAAAAGGUCUCUUGUAAGGUAUUAUC